AUGGAUAGACUAAAUAAAUUUAUCAACUGGAAUUUCGAAGCUCAUCUAAGAUUGGGUGCUUUCAUUCGCUUAAUAUUUAUAAUAUACGGUAUUUAUCACGACCGAAACUUUGCCGUUCCUUACACAGAUGUAGAUUACAAAGUAUUUAUUGACGCCGCGAAACACGUUUACGAUGGUAACUCGCCUUACAAAAGGCACACGUACCGCUACAGUCCGCUCAUCGCUUACAUUUUAUUGCCAACUACAUUCAUUAGUCGAUGCGCUGGUAAAAAACUAUUUUGUAUUUUCGAUAUACUUAUAGCCGUCGCUUUAAAAUUGUUGGUAGAACGUCAGUUGCGAGGUAAAAAAAAUGCUGCGAAGAUCGCAAAUUAUUCUGCCUUGUUUUGGAUAUAUAAUCCAAUGAGCAUCGCCAUCUCCACCAGAGGAAACGCUGAUUCCGUGCCAUGCCUAUUCGUAAUACUGUCAAUACUAUUCCUACAAACGGAUGUCGUUAGAGGUCUGAGGAAAUGUGUACUGUCCGGUAUUUUUCUCGGCGUUUCGAUACAUUUACGCCUGUAUCCAUUAGCGCUGAGCUUCCCGAUGUAUCUGUCCUUGGGUGAAUAUAAGAUAAAUCGCAGCACACCGAUGUUACCCGGUAUUGUUUCACUGAUGCCCAACAUGAAGCAAAUAAUUUUGACGCUCUCCUGUGUUGCCACGUUAUCCCUAUUAACACUCGCGAUGUAUGCUUCGUACGGUUACGAGUUCUUAUUCGAAACGUACAUCUACCACUUGUUCCGAAAGGACACUAAGCACAAUUUCUCGGUUCUCUUUUACUAUUCAUACUUAACAAUGGAUCAUCUAUCGUUUGACGUGGUUAAGACAAUUUUGCAAAUAUUCGAGGCUAUUAUCCUGUUUGUUAUAAGCUUGGCGUUUGGAACUAAAUCCGAGACUCUACCUUUCGCCCUUUUCUGCCAGCCGUUUAUACUCGUGACGUACAAUAGUGUAAUGACGUCACAGUAUUUUAUAUGGUUUUUGUCACUUUUGCCGUUGGUUGUACAUAAUUUUAAAAUGAAACCCGCCAAGGCUUUUCUAUUGUUCAUACUGUGGGUGUCUGCCCAAGGGGCUUGGUUGUUUUAUGCGUAUUUACUUGAGUUUAAGGGUAGAGAAGUUUUUAUAUUUAUUUGGCUAAAAAGCAUUGUAUUUUUCUGUGCAAAUAUAUUUAUUCUGGCGCAACUAAUAAAAAGUUACACACCCUACUAUGGUUUUGGCCAAAUAAAUGAAAAGAGCGAUGUCAAAAACGAUUAAUUCAUAGACAUUUUUUUCUUGUAGAUAAUAAAUAGUUAAAAAUUUAGUGUGUAGGUUUUAAUGAAAUUAAAUAAAUAUUAAAUCAUU